CAUAGUUCCGAGAGUUAUCUUUAAGCCCCGCCCCUUUACGUCAUCUUCGACGUGCAUCACAAACAUUCAACAUGGCGAGCGAUUCAGCCUCGGCAACAGAUUCGGUGGUAGAUGUUCCAGAUACGAUAUAGGUGUCGUAUCUUGAUCGAAGUCAAGAUUUAUCCCAAAAAGUGUUAGAGAAGGGUUUAAAUUAUUUCACACAAGGUUAUAUUCAUAAUAUUCGAGUGUCAAAGCCUGAAAAUAGGAUACGAGUUGAUGCAAAAUGCUGGCGAUCCAUGAGAAAGUCACAGCCGCCGUAUUCGCUGCAGAUCGAAAUAAAUGUCGAAAAAUCAACUUUGACAGAAUCGUAUUGCAAAUGCAAAGCUGGACUCGAUGGUCACUGUUCACAUAUUGUUGGACUUCUUAAAACGCUGCAAGGCUUAAAACUGCACAAUUUCAAAAAUGCACCUGAUCACCAAAGUUGCACUAGUUUACCACAACAGUGGCAUGUUCCCCGGGGUACCAAAAUAAAACCUGUACCCUUAAACCAUGUUGUUGUUGCCAGGCCAAAAGAAAAAAGGAAGAGGAAACCAGUCAUUUGCCAUUUUGACGAAAAUUACAAACUUCCACGAGUAGACAAUGAUGACAUAGAGAAGCUUCUAAACAUAAAAGGUACACCGCUGGAAUACAUGAUUUCUAAAGAAGCACCGAAAUCACAGUCACACUUUGGAGAAGUUCAAACUGGCUCCAUUUUGUCAUAUCAGACUAGGAAUCUUAAACAUCAUGAACCUGUUGACAGUGUAGGGUGUGGAGACACUACCCUUCACCAUAAAUCCCCCAUUAGUUUGCCUCCAGAAUUUGUAAAUUUAAAUAAAAUAAUGACAAAGGAGGAACUUAAAAAAAUAGAGAUUGAUACAAGGAAACAAAACAAUUCUUGUGAAUGGUAUCAGCACAGAAAGGGAAGGCUAACAGCUUCAAACUUUGGGAAGGUGAUGCACAGGAAAGCAAGGCCUUCAGAUUCAUUUUUAAGAGACGUUUUCAACAGGUCUUCUAAAUCAUCCCCUGCCAUGGAUUACGGUCGCAAACAUGAACAGGAUGGAAAAGCCAAAUACCUCGAAACAUUUCCUUCUCGACAUUUACAUGAAUGUGGAUUAGUAAUUAAUAAUGAAUUUAAUUUUUUAGCUGCAUCACCAGAUGGUGUAGUUUGCGAUAAUGGGAAUUCUGGACUCAUAGAAGUGAAGAGUCCUUAUAGUGUAAGAAACAGGCACAUAAAUGAGGCAUGUGAUUUACCAGGUUUUUAUUUGAGAAAAAAUGGCAACAACAUUAGUUUAAAGAAAAAUCAUAACUACUAUGCACAGAUUCAAGGGCAACUCAUGAUAACAGGCUUUACAUUCUGUGACUUAGUUGUAUAUACACAGAAAAGUAUUUUUGUAGAACGCAUACAACCCGAUAUUGACUUUAUGAAAACAAUGUUGUCAAAACUGAGUAACUUCAUGAAAGACUAUGGUAGUUAAAUAAAAUAACCUACAAAA